AUGUACUGUAGAAGUAUGCGCCCUGGGUUUUUCGAUGUUCCGAUUGACAAUUUACGUGCUUCUCCGUUUUUGACAAAGUACAUUGAAACAUACAUAACUGAUUAUCGAAACGCAGUUAUUGUUGCUCGAAAUCCCGGAGUAGUACCUCGAGCUAGCAGUUAUGCUGAACGUUUGAGGUUACCAUUAGUUGUUAUUCAUGGCGAAGAAAGAGAUGAAAGUGACAAUACUGACGGUCGCAAUUCCCCACCUUUGGAUCAAAGUAUUGUGGAAAAAAGAUGUACACAAAUUGGCCUUGAACUUUUACCUAUGAUGAUACCUAAAGCUAAACCACCUUUAACCUUGGUUGGAGAUGUGAAUUCAAGAAUCGCUAUUAUAAUUGACGACAUUAUAGAUGAUGUAUCAAAGUUUGUUACUGCUGCUGAGCUACUGCAUGAACGAGGUGCAUAUAAAGUAAGUUUUUAUUACAGUUUACCAAUGUAUAUUAAAGGCUAAAGCCUUACAGUUAUGGCGGCUAUUAGUUAUUCUAACUAAAAGUAAUUUUAUAAGCUAAUUUUAUAGAAUUGCUAGGCAUAAUAUGUUUUAAUUUUCAAGUAGGGGUUACAAUUUUUAGGCUUUUAAGUGUUCUUAAUUUCAUUCACAAAGGAAAAUUUAAACGUUAGCGAACUUUAAUAACUAUCACAAGAUAUAUUUGUUAGCUUGUAUUUUGACGAAACGAGUUUUAGAUAAGUUAGGACUUUUGGGAUUAUUCAGAUUGCUGUUAUCCAUAUUUUCACUGUGGGUUUAUUAAAUGACUGAACUACUAUGUUUAUAUUACCUUUUUAUGGAAUUUCUUCAAAUGUAUCAACUGUCGUUACACGUUUUGUUAUUCCUUGACUUAUCAGACGUUUAUUCCAUCCUCUGACACUUAUGGGAUGUUUAUAUUGUAAACAAUGACUUCUUAAUUGAGGUGCUUUCCGGUCUGAUAAUCAUGUAUGUGAACUAAUGAGUGUUUAGGAUAAAUAUAUUGGGUGCUUGAAACAUAAAUAAAAGCUUGUCUGUUUUUUUUUAUUAGACUCAGGACGAGUGUGUAUUGAUGGGCCAAUAGGAGUUAAUAUUAUCUCGACCUCAACUCAACAUUAAUCGUACCAUCCUAAGCGUUUCACUGAUCACAGCCUAGGAAGCUAAAUUAUAGAUGAAGUAGUACACGUACAUUAGAGAAAUUCACCAGGAUCCCGUUAAUCGAGUCUUUUCAAGAUGUCGACUAAAUUUUUUCAUAUAAGUGUUCGUCAUAUUUCUAAUAUAGUAAUGAAGUAUUGCUAACUACAUAACUACUUGGAGUCAACUUAUCCCCUUUUAUGUGUGACAUUGUACAAUAAAAAAUGUUUCACCACACAAUAAUUCUAACAAGCAUACUUAUAUACAACGUAACUGUUACUUUUCUUGAUCAGACCAGUUCUAGAUUACUCUUAACAAAAUGAUGGUUUAUCAGGCAUUUAAAUUUCGACUUUUGGUGUUUAUUGGUUAGAUCAAUCAUUGUCAGAAUCAACGUAGGAUCGAACAUAAAUGUACCUGAGGCCAAGUUACCAUUCUACGUCAGCAUGACGAGAUGAAAUAAACAAGAUUAAUACCAAUGGUGUAGAAAUAAUUGUAUUCUCAGCGGUAGUGAGGAAGACUUACCACUGAAAAUAUAGUUCGAAAAGAGUGAAAAGAUGCUUAUGAGGAAGCACUUGGAUUCUAGAUUUAAUGGAAGAGUGGAUGUUUUGGUUGUACUGUUAUCGACUCCAAACAAUGUCACUCAGGAUUUCAAACUAUUUGUCUCUGUUAUCACAAAAACCUUCAACUAGAUAUUUGUUAUUGCAACUCAUGGUCUGCUCAGUUUAGAUGCACCACGUCUAUUGGAAGAAAGUCGUAUAGAUGAAGUAGUUGUAACUAACACAGUACCACAUGAAGUACAAAAAAUGCAGUGUCACAAAAUUCGUACCGUUGAUAUAAGUCCAUUAUUGGCGGAAGCUAUCAGACGUAUUUAUAAUGAUGAAUCUAUGUCUUAUCUUUUUAUGAAUGUACCUAAAGACGAUUAAAUCUCUUCUUUUCUUUUCAUAUUUGUUGGGAAAAAGACAAUCUUAAAUUAUUUAUCAUUUAAAUACUAAUUAGUUUAAGUUGUAAAAUAAUAGAAUUAAUACUCUAAUUCAUUUACUUAUAGUCGUAUUUACAAUCAAUUCUUUGCUGCCAUUAAUUAAAUAAUUCCUGUACUCUUAGUCAAGUUUUCAUUUUCCUCACCUGAAAAUUGUACAUAUUUAGCACACAUUAUGGUGAGUACUAGUGAUCUAGCUCAACACUAAAAUUGUACUGGUUGUGUUCUUUCACAAAAGCUUUUUCUCUCGAUCAAUCCUAACGUGAUAGUUCGCUUAUGCUGUCCUAUGAAUAAAGUUGGCAUUCUAAACAUCGUGUGUUUUCUUGGUUAUAUUUUAUGUGCAACAACGACUUCUGACUCGCUAAUAAAUUGUUAUCAAGAAGUGGA